AUGUCUUGCAACUUUGAUUCUCUUCUUUGUGUUCUCUCUUUCAUUAUUCUGCACUGUCCAAUCUUCUCCCUAAACCCUAGCUUCUCCACCACCGCCGCAAGGACUGCCGCCGUCCGUCGCUCUCAGGCACUACCAUCGUCAUCUGGUCAUCCGUGCUUCUUCCUCCUUCAAGAAUCGCAGCUUCUUCUUCCUCGACCUCGGCGCGUCAGUUCCUGGUAUUCAUCUGCUCCAUCGCGAUCCUGCCGCCGUCCGUCGGGCGCUCAGUCACCAUCGUCUUCGUCUGGUCGUCGCAGAUUCUUCCAACCCACCACCGUCUUCAGAGUUGUGUUCGUUGCCUGGCCUCUGUCUCCAUCACAAUUCUGCCCCCCUCUUCUCAGACUGCUCAGUAGAAAAACCCAUCUCCAUUCCAGUUUUCUUCCUUCGAGUUCAGAGAGCAGAAGCUCAACCAAGAACAAAACCUUAGACUUCGACGGUCAGUAUGUACUCGAAGCCAUGCAUCAUAUCCCUCCAACUCCUUCCAUGGCUGCUGCAAGAGAAGAAGCUGAGAAUGUUAUGUUUGGUGCUUUGGAUAAUCUCUUUGCUAAUACAAAGAUUAAGCCUAAGGAUAUUGGUGUUCUUGUUGUGAAUUGCAGUUUAUUUAACCCAACUCCUUCACUUUCUGCAAUGAUUGUGAACAAGUACAAGCUUAGGGGUAACAUUAGAAGCUUCAAUUUGGGUGGUAUGGGUUGUAGUGCAGGAGUUAUAGCCAUUGAUCUUGCUAAGGACAUGCUUCAAGUUCAUAGGAACACUUAUGCUGUUGUUGUUAACACUGAGAACAUUACUCAGAAUUGGUACUUUGGGAACAAGAAAUCUAUGCUGAUCCCAAAUUGUUUGUUCCGCGUUGGUGGUUCUACUGUUUUGUUGUCCAACAAAGGCUCUGUUAAGAGAAGAGCAAAGUACAAGCUUGUUCAUGUUGUGAGGACUCAUAAGGGUGCUGAUGAUUGA